UUUUCUAAGAAAUAUUAUCCAUAUAUACUUGCAAUCCGUGCUAUUUUAAAUUCUGCUCUUCAUUAGCAGCCUUGGUAAUGCACUGCUAAUAUGGCUGAACAAAGGCAACGUGCUUUGUCAACAUCAGGGGAAGCACUAUAUGGAAUCCUGGCCCUAGAGAAGGGAGCAACACAUGAUGAGAUUAAGAAGUCCUACAGAAAACUGGCUCUGAAAUAUCAUCCCGACAAGAACCCUGACAAUCCAGAGGCUGCCGAAAAAUUUAAGGAGAUUAACAAUGCUCAUGCAACACUGACGGAUCUCUCCAAGCGAAACAUAUAUGACAAGUACGGAUCCUUGGGGCUCUACGUGGCAGAACAGUUUGGGGAGGAAAAUGUUAACACUUACUUCAUGCUCUCUAGCUGGUGGGCAAAGGGUCUGUUUGCAGUCUGUGGCCUCCUGACUGGCUGCUACCUCUGCUGCUGCCUCUGCUGCUGCUUCAACUGCUGCUGUGGAAAGUGCAAACCCAAAGCACCCGAAGGGGAAGAACAGGAGUUCUGUGUGUCUCCAGAAGACCUGGAAGAGCAAAUUAAGAACGACAUGGAAAGAGAUGGAGAAACUCCUAUUGUGCUUCAGCCGACAAACGCAACUGAAAAGACGCAGCUCAUAGGGGACAGCCAUCGGAGCUACCACACAGACUCCUAGAGCAGGCACACACAGCCUGGUGGUGCUUCCCAGCCAGUGUCACAGCAAGGAAAAACGCGUGACAAGCUCUGCAGCCUGUACCUGUAACUAACCAAGAGUAACCUCAGAGUCAUUUCCUGUCAAGGUAGAAUCUCCCUCUAGGCCACUUCAAGUAGUUUCAGAUCUACCCUCCGUGAAGAGAUGCCUACAGCCAGCGCAGAGCUCUCACUGCUUCAGACUGCCCUCUUGGCACCAUCUUCCCUCUACAACACUCUCCUUGGUGCAACUGCUCUUCUCCCUGGCCCUCAGUUGGGGCUUCACAUCUCAGACGUGGUCUCCAGACACACCAGCCCCAUCUCUGUACCCUGGGGAAGAUUUCUUUCUAAGGAAAAUCAGUGGCAAGGCUGGUGGGGCUUCUGCAAAGUGGAAGCACUCCCUGGAAAGCAGGCAACACCUUAAUGAUAUCAGCCCAAUUCUGGCAACUGGAAAUCUGAGCCAGGGUGAUGGGCUCCAGGGUCAUUCAGGUGGUGGGAACAAAGCAGAUAACUCCAAACUCAGGAGCAUCAACCAUCAUGAUACGCAUGUAGGCUCUGUAUCCUCCUGCACACAUGCAGACCAUACCUGCACAAGCUGCAAACACACCAGGGAGAGGAUUGCUGGCCCUGGGCUCUCCUAUCCUCACCACCAACA